CGAUUACAAAGAACACUGUAACCACAUGAUGCUCCAGGUAUAAAUGAACGUUCUGUGUCAGAAUUUGACACAUUUAGAGCUUCAUUCCGAACCCUGAGCAUCGGCUGGAAGACAUAAUACAACAUGCGUGAGUGCAUUUCCGUCCAUGUUGGCCAAGCUGGAGCACAGAUUGGUAAUGCAUGCUGGGAGCUUUACUGUCUGGAGCACGGUAUCCAGCCGGAUGGACAAAUGCCCAGUGAUAAGACAAUAGGAGGAGGAGAUGAUUCCUUCAACACCUUCUUCAGUGAGACGGCUUCAGGCAAACAUGUUCCACGUGCCAUCUUUGUUGAUCUGGAACCCACUGUAAUUGAUGAAGUACGGACCGGCACCUACCGCCAGCUCUUUCACCCAGAACAGCUCAUCACUGGAAAAGAGGACGCUGCCAAUAACUAUGCCAGGGGACAUUACACCAUUGGCAAAGAGAUCAUCGAUUCAGUUCUGGAUCGUAUUCGCAAACUGUGUGACCAGUGCACUGGCCUCCAAGGUUUUCUGGUGUUCCACAGCUUUGGUGGAGGCACUGGUUCUGGCUUCACCUCUCUGCUGAUGGAGCGCCUCUCUGUCGACUACGGCAAGAAGUCCAAACUGGAGUUUGCCAUCUAUCCUGCUCCUCAAGUGUCCACAGCCGUGGUGGAGCCCUACAACUCCAUCCUGACCACCCACACCACCCUGGAGCACUCUGACUGUGCCUUCAUGGUGGACAAUGAAGCCAUCUAUGACAUCUGUCGUAAAAACCUGGAUAUCGAGCGUCCGACGUACACCAACCUCAACAGGCUCAUCGGGCAGAUCGUGUCCUCCAUCACAGCCUCGCUUAGAUUUGACGGAGCUCUGAAUGUGGAUCUCACCGAGUUCCAAACCAACUUGGUGCCCUACCCACGCAUUCAUUUCCCUCUGGCCACUUACGCUCCUGUGAUCUCUGCUGAAAAGGCGUAUCAUGAGCAGCUCUCUGUGGCUGACAUAACCAAUGCAUGCUUUGAGCCAGCUAAUCAGAUGGUGAAGUGUGAUCCUCGUCAUGGGAAAUACAUGGCCUGCUGCCUUCUGUAUCGUGGAGAUGUGGUGCCCAAAGACGUCAACUCUGCCAUCGCUGCCAUUAAGACCAAACGCACCAUCCAGUUUGUUGACUGGUGUCCCACUGGAUUCAAAGUAGGUAUCAACUAUCAGCCUCCAACUGUGGUUCCCGGUGGAGAUCUGGCCAAAGUACAGAGAGCCGUCUGCAUGCUGACCAACACUACAGCUAUUGCUGAGGCCUGGGCUCGUCUAGACCACAAGUUUGACCUGAUGUACGCCAAGAGAGCUUUUGUGCACUGGUACGUGGGUGAAGGAAUGGAGGAAGGAGAGUUCUCAGAGGCCAGAGAAGAUAUGGCAGCUCUGGAGAAAGAUUAUGAAGAAGUGGGCACUGACAGCAUCGGAGAGGAUGAGGACGGUGUGGAAUUUUAAAUGCAGAUUGUUUGUAACCUCAGGGUAAUCUAAUAUUCAUUUUAUCUUCUAAAAAGCAGCAUUUUAGUGUUUUUGGGAGCUUUACAUUCUUUGGUAUCACUUCAUAAUGAGAUUCUAUGAGUUAAUAUUAGUUAAUGCAAUAGCUAACAUAAACUAUUAAUGAAUGAAUUAUGAAUUAAUU